AUGUCAGUAGCCUUUACGCUGUUGCUGAUGCUCGGUUCAGCCAUUGCCAUCACUCAGGCUCCCAAGCUUCCUCCUUCUCUUCUCGUCCGACAAGAUGGGGAUCUGGCAUCUUGCCAACUGGUGAACAGCAUUGCAGCAGCAUGCUCUGCCAGUACCAGCAACCUAUUUGAUCAAGGCUUCAGCGUUGCCGCUUCCUGCCUCUGUUACUCGGGAUCGGUAUAUCAGCCUUCAAUCUAUGAUGCAGCCAUCGAAACAUGUCUCGCCUAUCUGUCGACAGCCUCUCCACCACUGUACACAUCACUCGCUGGGAGUGGCCAGACAGGCAGUCCCUGUGCAUCCGUCGGUGAUGUUCGCACCAACACAGCCAUCGACUCCAAUCUCAUUUCCUGCUCGUCUUGGUACAGUAUGGAAGCCUCCUGCUCCAGCGACAACAUCAACUCCUCACCACCGCCAUUUUCAAUUCAAGCCAGUUGUCUGUGUUAUACGAGUUCAGUCUUUGCUCCAUCCGUCUUCGACGGCUACUGGGACGGCUGUCUAGAGUACUACAAGACGGCCUCCUCGGCUUAUUACUACGAAACACUGUCUUCACCAGGGAAGAAUUUGAACACGCCUUGUGCGAGAGUAGGCGAUGUCAAAACGUCCACCGAAGAUGGUUCGAGUACUGCCUCUCCAGGCCAAACGAUCUCUACAACGCCGACUGCUACAGCAACUACUACCACUGACGCCGGUGGUAGCACAAGCAGUAACGGACCCGUUGAGACAGAAACAGGAGAGAGUGCAGCGAGCCCCGUAGUAGCUGUGCCCGGUACUUGGUGGCUCCUUUUGACAAUGAUGUCGCCUUUAUUGUUCUUCCAGGUGGCCGAUCAGGGUGCUCUCAUGCUAUGA